AUGUCUUCAGGCUCCUUGUCGUCGCCCACAACCCGCUCGCACACCCUCCUCUUCAUCUCCUACCGCGACUCCAGGGCCUCUUCCUCCUGCUUCCGCCGCUCCCGUGUUGUAUCAAACUACGACGACGCCCUCAACGACGGCGACGAGAAGGAACACCUCAUCGACCACGAGCCCGGCCAUGUCGCCAUAGACGCACCCUUACCGCCGAGAUGGGUCGACAUCGCGGACCAGGUGGAGGAGAUACUCGUUGGCACACAGGCUAAAACCGGUGUUCUCGACAAGCUCCAUGCAAAACAUGUCCCCGGUUUCUCGGACCGGUCAGCUGAGGAGAGGGAGAUUGAGGCGGCUACCAUGGACAUCACCACGUAA